AAAUUGUAACUGUGAUAAUCUUUGUCAUAUUUUUAAUGAUUGUUGUAGAAAUACGACUGACAUACAGAACAAUUCUAGCGAUAAAGAUGCAAAUGAUGAUAGAAUUGAUAUGUUUUAUGAACAAGAACAGUUUAAGUGUGAAAGUUUCGACUCACCAAAACGAGGUAAAACAUCUGCAUUAAUGGUAUCGUUAUGCCCAAAAACUUGGGUUGGCAAGGAAACUAAACAGUUAUGUGAGGAUAAAUAUUCAGAUAAUAUCAGCAAUAUCCUGCUGGCGGUUCCAGUACAAAGUUCUGAUAAUAAUAUUACUUUCCGAAAUAUGUAUUGUGCAUAUUGCAACAACGUGUUUGAGUUUCGGUAUUUCACCUUCGAAAAUGUAUGUUUAGGCAAUAUCAACAUCACUUCGUGCAUUCUAUUUCAUUAUCAACCAAUAAGUUCUUCGAUAUUGAGAGGUUGUGGGAAAAGUGCAAUUCGGGUGAUAUCAACAUGUUUCAAAUCUGAUAGUUUCAAGGCAAACCAAAGUCAACUAUUAAACAAUUUAUGUCAGUCAGAAUCUGUUUCAGUUGUUUUCGACGAAUAUAACUUUAACGCAUACAAAAAUAAAUUCUGUGCAAUGUGUAAUGAAAUCGACGAAAAGAAUCUUCUUUGUUCCCCUGUUAGUAAUACAAUAAUAGAGUCAAAAAUAAUGACAUACAGUUAUCGCAUGAUCGUUGAUCUGAAUUUACGUCAAGUCCAGACAGUUCAUGAUUUUAAAGAUCACCAAAAAAUGAUCGAUAGUUCAAAGAUGUGUUCAAAUGCAGACGACGAAAUAUACGAUCCAGUGUCAUUGGCAUGUAGGAAGUUGUACUGUCCUCCAAUGUCAAUAGCUACAGAAGGAAAGUGUGAAUUGAUUAAUCAGACAACAAAUAAUCAACAGCAUGUGAGAAACAAAUGUACAUUUUUAAAGCUUGAUCCAAGCGAGUAUAUAAUACUUAAUUCAACAUCGAUUUAUCUCUUGUUAUCAAACAGGACGGUGGACUCAUCGAAAUUCAUUGUGAAUAACUCGAACGUUUACAUGUGCAUUAAAAUACCUUCAAAACGAAAUUCAUUAAACUAUUCCAUUGUUUCUGAUAUCGUUGAAAGUUACUUAUCUCUUGUUGGUUUAUCUUUUUCCAUAAUUGCAUUGGCAGUAACCCUUACUGUUUACAUGAUGUUUUCGGAACUACGUAACACGCCGGGAAAGAACCUGAUAAGUUUGAUGAUAGCGUUACUUUCAGCACAGCUUCUUUUCGCAUUUUCUAAAGAGGCCUAUAACAAUAAACUGGCAUGUAAAGCUAUGGCAAUCUGCAUACAUUAUUUCUUUUUGGCUUCUUUCAGUUGGAUGAAUGUAAUUACCUUAGAUUUGUUCAUUACGUUUUCGCAAUCGAGAAUUUUGAGCUCAAAUAACUCAAAAAUAUUCUACAAAUACAGUGUUUACGCUUGGUUACUUCCAGCUAUAGUUGUUUUCUCGGCGUUGAUCUUGGAGUAUUUAUGUAGCGAUGAUAAUAAAUAUAAACCACGAUAUGGAGACACCGUUUGUUGGAUCUCUUCAAAGAACGCUUUGUUAUUGUUUUUCUUAGGACCUCUAGCGGUUUUCAAAUUAUGUGAUGUUGCCGGAUUUAUUUGUACAUCGUUCCAUAUAUCGUCGUCAAGGCGACAGACUUCCUUUGCAAGACAUUAUACUUUCUGUUCAUGUUUGCUUUAUUUGAAAUUGUCUUUUGUUAUGGGACUUACAUGGCUGUUUGCUUUUAUUGGUGUAUUAUCGAACAAUAUAGUAGUUUGGUAUCUUUUUAUAAUAUUCAACACACUACAAGGUGUUUUCAUAGGCAUAAGCUUUUUAACAACAAAGCGAACUAUUACACUUAUAAAGGCUAAAAUAAGAAUAUUACAGACUAAUCGUUCGACCUCCCGAGGACUGACCACAAAGGAUUCAUCCUGCUAAUAUUAUAGGCUUUAAUAAAGAUUUCAUAAAAUUUACCUUGUAAAUGUAUAUUUUUUACAAUUGAUUGUCCAAAUGAGUUUUUAUGCUAAUCGAAUUAUGUUUUGUUGUUACCAAUAUUACACCAUAUUGUAUUGUUUGAGAGUUGUAAUAUCUAUGUAUGUAAGAAGUGUUCACUUUCGACCGAUAUUGUUUCAUUUCUACUACUGUACAAUUAUACAGUGACUGUCAUGCUUCAUGGUUUUUAAUUUGUUUGACUAUUUACGAGUAUCUGUUGUGGUGUUUUUUUACGCUGAUAUUGUACGCUUUUUUUAUAUCAACCUAACGGCUCUCCAAUACGUAAUAAUGUUACUAAUCUCUGCCACAUCAGUUUUUAAUCAGACCUAGAGCCAAAUAACCAUCAGACUUACAAUAAAAUGCUUAAAAAUAACAAAAUAUGAAAUUAUAUUUUACCAAAAGAAAUAAUAUAAUGACAACUUGUGUUUUCCAUUGACGUCUUAAAGUUAUCUAAUAACGUGAAUAUCAAUUCAAUAACACCCUGUGUUGAUUCAGAAAAAGAAAAUUAUAAGUUGCAAAAUAGCUUUAAGAUAUGUACACUUUCCUUUUAAGUAUAUUUUAAAGAAAGUAUGUUAUGAUUUAAACAUCGAUAAAGAAUGAUUAACCUUUCUUUAGGUACAUAAGACAUACGAUCUUACAGUAACUUAUAAAAUCCACCUGCUUGUUGUCUUUGUUAUGAAGGUAAAGCAAAACCAGCAACGACACGUUUUUUUCUGCUCUUCCAAUCAAUAUAACAUUUAUUACAUUUCUGUGAAAAAUGUGUAGAAUAUCCCUUUUAAACGCAGCCUUUCCUAAUAUUUGCGUAUGUAUAUCAUAGACAGUAACUAUAUUCAUAAUUAAUAGCAUUUUUUUAUUGUUUGUCUUGUGCCAUCAUAAUACUAUCAUGUGUAUUUGAAAUAAAAUUGUGCAUACGUGAAUAUAUAUUGGAUAGAACUGUCAUGAAAGCGUAGGUAGAUUGAUUCUUGCCUAGUUUUCCAAAACAUAUUUUUCAACCACCGAGGGGAUAAUCAAUCAUUUUGUUAUACCAAUUCUUACAGCUUAUUACGUUCAACGUUUAAAUGUAAAAAAAAUAUAUUUGUGCGAUUUAAUCAGUAUGUGUUGAAAUAAUCGUUGGCAAGCAUGAUAUUAUUUUAUUCAACGGAGUCGCAAAAUCGGCACGGUGUGUGAUGAAAUUAUGUUUGUUUGUUUGUUUGAUAUAUUAUUAAAAUGUGGCAUUGUCUUUUUAUGGACAUGUUAUUAUUGUAAAUAUAUUUUGUUUGAAAGUAUGUCGGAAGUAAAAGUAUUUAUCUAUUUGUCUUUUUUUGUUGUUUCUCAUUCAUAAAGGUUAAUUUAUUCGUAUGUAUUUAUGUUAUAAUUGGGUUUGCUAGAAGGGUUUGUAUAAUUCAUAUUUCAUUCCGCAGGUUAAAUAUGAUCGUCUUAGGUUAUAUAUAAUGGCAUAAGUAUGGUGGCUGAUUUGUGCCAUUUCUGUUUUCGCCCCGCGCCCCCGCCAUUUUAACUUGUUAAUUCUCGACUUUUCGCUUGGCGGGGUCGCGGGACGAAAACACGCUAUUUAGCGUGGGCGCGGUGUAAAGUUUUAUUUUAUUAAACUUCGCACCGCGCCCCCGCCGUUUUAUUUAUUAAUUCUCGCUCCGCGCCCUCGCGGGGCGAAGUUUUAUUUGUUAAACUUCGCCGCGCGCCCCCGCUAAUUAGCGUGUUUUCGC